UCUGGAUACUUUUUCAUAUAAAACAGUAGCAAGAAGUCAAGUUAAAUUCUAAGGAUGAAGUUCUGGAUCCUCUGGUGGCUGCUCCCAGCUUUCAUCUUUCAUGGAGAAGCUCUUGGACAUAAAUGUGGAAAAGACCUAAAGAAAGUUUCCAUUAUGGGGCCGCGUGAAAACAUUACCAGAGGCCUUCAGGACAUGGAAGAUCUUUUGGACACAGCCAAUGUGUCCACACUUUUUAAGGGUGGCAACUAUAUGGCCAAGGUGUUCAACAUCACGCCUUCCUCUGAUUACUUUGACAUUUAUGCAAAUGAAGAUCAGAUAACAACAAGUCCUGGUCUCUCCAACCUGAUGGUGAUGGCUCGUCUGCCGAAGGAGACUUUAACUGGACAAUUUCACCAAAUUGCAUUUUGUUCAUUUGACCUACCAAACAGGACAUUUUUCUCAGAAAAUCUGUAUGAAGGCAGACUGAUUGGCAUGAAGGUGGCUGGCCGGCAACUGUCUGGACUACAGCAACGAAUCAACAUCACCAUCUAUAAUUUCACAAUCUCUAAUGAGUUGUGGAAUCCCCAGUGUGUGUUCUUAAAUUAUUCAACCCAAGCAUUCAGCCGUGAAGGCUGUGAGACCCUGUGGGAACCUGGUUGGAGUAACAUCACCUGUUCCUGUAACCAUCUCACAAUCUUUGCUGUGCUUUUGGUAUCUACUUCUUUACUUUCAGUUGAGGACCAGCAGAUCCUGAAAUACAUCAGUCUUGUGGGAUGUAGUCUUUCUCUGGUUACUAUGAUCAUCGCUGUUCUGAUUUUCAUCACAAAUAAACAAAUCAGAGCAGAUGACACUAAGAAGGUGCACAUCAGCCUUGUAAUUGCUCUGAUCCUCCUCAACGUACACUUCCUAUCCACUGAGACAGCUGCAAAAACCUCCUCCACUGAACUUUGUUUCUACGUGGCUAUUUCUCUUCACUACUACCUGUUGGCCACUUUCAGCUGGAUGCUGUUGGAGGGGUUCCACCUCUACCUUCUUGUAGUCAAAGUCUUCAACAUCUAUAUCAAGAGAUACAUGCUUAAAGCCAGUGUGGUGGGCUGGGGUGUUCCUGCUGUCAUUGUGUCAGUGGUUGUGAUCAUAGACACAGGGGCAUAUGGUCAUGUUGCUCUGGACUUGUCUAACCCCAACAGCACUAAAAUAUGCUACAUAACCAAAAACACAGUAAAGUGGGUGUCAACAUUGGGAGUGUUUUGCUUGGUGUUCUUUUUCAACAUGAUCAUAUUCGUGGUGAUAGUCAAAUGGGUUUUGUCCAGCCAGUCUAGCAACCAGGCUGGGCAGAGUGAUCGUGACAAAGCCAAGCGAAACCUUUGCACCCUACUGUCAAUCAUGAUUCUGCUCGGCGUUACCUGGGGCCUGAUCUUCUUCUCUUUUGGCGAUCUGCGCACACCUGGCCUCUACAUCUUCUGCAUUAUGAACCCGUUGCAAGGUGUCUUCAUCUUCCUGUACUUUGUGUUGUCUUGGAAAAGGAUCAAAGAUUCAACUAAAACUUCCACACAGAGCACCAGCUAAAUCUAAAUACAAUUAUCUUUAAAAAAAAUGUUUGCUGUGAAUAAAACUAUGCUGUGCUUACAGUGAAAAAACAGUAGUAGUACUAUUAUCAUACUAGCUUGGACACUUUCCAUGUUGUUGUAUUUAUGACAAAGAAAAGGCAGGACAGAAUAAACAUGGGCAUCUCAUUUAGGUAAUGAACACAUCUACUGCCACUGGACUGUCCAGUGGUGAAAGGAAAAAUAGAAAAAGAACUACAGUAGAAAGUACGUUGUUUUAUCACAUUUUCAGCAUUUGGUCCAGAGCUGAUCUUUUUUCUUUGUUUUUUACUGCUCUUAAAUGAGAGUGCAAAGUGAGGCUUUUCAUGCUGUGGGUCACGUAUUCAGUUUGGUGCAGCUCUGUGAAUCUGUUACACACUGUGUUGUUUUUUUAUUUCCUGCAUGUAACAUUGUCAUUAUGUGAAAAUGGCAAUGUGAAAAAAAAAUUGUUUUAAUGUACUACUUUUUUUCUGGACUUGUUCAGUCAUUUUCAGGGCGGAUGGUCUCCACCUAAAUUCACUAGGGAACCGGUAUUUAACUUACAACAUCAUCCAUGCUGUUCAGACUCAUAAACAAAAUUGACUUGAAACCCCCUCUGCUCCCACUUCAUCCCCCCCCCCCCCCCCCCCCCCCCCUCAUUGGUACCCCCUCAACCCAGUUCCCCAUGCAGCCCUUUUCAACACAGGAUCACUGUCAUCACCAACCUGCACCCCUACAGGCACUUCAUCCCUAGAGAACCUUCUCCUCCCGGCCUUAUCACCAUUCCUCUCUGUCCCUCAUCAUCCCCUGCUCCCCGCUCCACCCCAAUAAGCUCUGGUCUUUUAAAUAUCAGAUCCAUCAACAACAAAACAUUGAUUUGCCACGAUUUUAUUACUAGCAAUUACUUGGAGUUUUUGAUUUUAACAGAGACAUGGCUAACUCAAGGAGACUGCACACCACUCAUUGAAGCAGCCCCCCCUGACUUCUCAUUCCUUCAUCAACCAAGACUGUCCGGAAAAGGAGGGGGGUUGCUGCCAUUUUUAAGAGCAACUUUAAAUGUACUCCUGGUCCCUACAACCAUUUUAUCUCAUUUGAGCAUCUGUGUUUUUUCAUAUCAUGUAAAGAGCCUGUGUUUGUUUUAGUUAUUUAUAGACCCCCAAAACCCAAUAAUGCUUUUAUUCAAGAAUUCUUUGAUCUGUUAUCCCAGUGUAUGGCCCUCUACGACAAAGUGUUGAUUCUUGGUGAUUUUAAUAUUCACGUCUGUUGCCCUUCUAUCUCUUUUACACACACAACAUACAAGCAUCCCUGUCUCACACCCCAGCACCUCCCCCUAUAAUCCCCCGAAUCCCACUCAGCCCUCCUUCAAACCCCUACACCCCCCCUG